AAAAAAUAACGAACUUACGCACGAUAUAAAUUAUACAAAAAUAAUCCUUAGGAACUUUUUGAGUGCGAGAAAGUAGAACAACAAUAGAAAACCCGUGAUCGAAGAACACUUUUUUCAAUUUCAAUCGAAUAUAAGCGUUCGAUAUCAAAAUACCAGACGAAGUAAAUGAUUGAAAAACAGUCGAAUAUCAUUAAGUUAUUGAGAAUAUGAUUUCUGACGGACAUUGAAAAUGUAUUAAUUUUCGACCGAUUUUUGAUUGAAAGCCGGUUUUGAUACGUUCGGCCACUAAGGUAUAUUCUGAAAUAAAUCGAAUGAUUAUUUUAUGUAAUUACUUAGAAUCAAUUUUCAUUUGUAACAAUAUCGUAAAAAAACCAAUAUCUACUUUAUAAACCUUCCAGCAGUAUCGUUAUUAUUAUUUAAAUGAAUAAAGAUUAUUCGAGUAAUUAUUUAUCAUUUAAUUAUCGGAAUGAAUAAAAAUUAUUUGAAUGAAAACAAAUUAUAAAUAAUUAAUAAUAAUUAUCGAUAACGAUUAACUUCACAAGAACUAUUGAAUAUGUCAAUGCCUAGUUAUUAUUUGUUAGGUAUCAUCCAUCAUUACUAUAAACUAAUAGUUUAAGAUUAAGUUGUCAUUUUUUUGUAUAAUUAAUAUAUCUAGUAAAAUUCACUCUUUCGCUUCAGUCGUUUACAGUUUAAUACCUAUACCGGUCCGUGGUAAUUCCCUCUAAUAGUGAAAUACAAUAAUACAAUUAUUAAAACUGGACCUUCAUAGGUAUUUGUUGACCAAUGAUAAUAUAUUAACCAUGACUAAUGAAAUAAGAAAAACGAAGCUUUUUGUUAAAAAACGUAGUAAGUUAAUGUUUACUUUUUAAAUUAAUAUAGACAAUAAAUUUAUUUUAUUUUAUUAAGUAUAAAUAACAUCGAUAUAUUUUGUUAAGAUGGCAAAUUGGAAGAAGUACAAACGGAUAAGAUCACCUCACGAAUCGAAAAAUUAUGUAGUGGCCUUAACAUGGAUUUCAUCGACCCGGUACUUCAUUACGUAGCAUUUUAAUAUUACUACCUAGGGUUAAAGCACCAUGGCUGUCCAAAACAUAACAUAUAUGUAUACACAAUACACACUUAACAUAUUAAAUUAAAUAAAUCCAUUCUAGAUAAUAACGCCAUAGAGGCAUAAACUACACGCUGGUUUUUAAUGCUAACCUUAUCAAAAUUAAAUUGAGCAUAAUUUUUGAUAGGUACCACACUCUUGGUAAAACUAUUUAUAUUCCCUUUGGAAUUACUUCAAAUUUCAUAAAAAUUUCAUCCAUAACCGCGGUUCAAGAUUAUCUAAAUAAUUCUUAAACCAUGUGACCAUUGCGACCUGUGUUGGACCACUAAUACGGAUUUACUGUAAAGUUUGUGAAAUGUCAAAUCAAAUGUUUGCUGAAGUAGUAGCACAGUAGUGUUACAUUGUUGGACAGUGAACCGGUUAGUGUGGAUUUAUAAUUAGAUAAAAAUCUGGGAGGGGGAAAUAAUUUAUGCACCAUAAUUAAAACCCCGGGCCUCUUCCUCUUGUUCAAAUAUAUUUGCAUUGUAUAUAUUGUACACCAAGAACGUAGGUAAUCAGGAUCAAUUUUCGGGAAAGGGGGGGGUGUUAAAAUAUUUAUAAUUGUAGUUAUUCUUUGUUAUAUUACAAAUGUAUACCUAUACUAACCCCCCUUCCCGUAUACGGGCUUAUUGUGUACGGUAAACCUCAUUAUUUGUUUAAUGUUUUACUUUUUACACGUCCUAAAAGGGGCAUGACCGGUUUCUGCCAAAAGUAUACCUUUCACUUUUACGUUGAUUCACGAUUAUCUUUUCCGCCAAAUCAAAAACUUUAUUCUAAUAUUCGAAUAAAUGUUAAUGGCCAAUUGUAUCUGUUACAAUUAUUUAUAAUGCAAAUAAAUGAAUUGAAAAUUUAGAGUUUUUUUCUGUUUAUGUAUGAUAAAAUGUUUGUUUAUUAUUAAUUGAAUGCAAGGUAAAAAUAGUUGUUAAUACUCAAAGAUUGUUCUUACCACAGUUUCUUACACAAAAAUAUCGAAAAUAUGAUCAAUUUUUUUUUUAUUGUAUAAUUUCAAACUUAUUUUUAUUAUUAUUUUUGCGUCGUGAAAUAUCUAUACUUAAUAUGAUAUUUAAAAUUUAUAAUUAUGUGAAAUUUGUUAGUUUAAUUUAAUUUAACCGCCCCAGAACAACCAUAACUGUACAAUUUGUAUUUAAUAAUAUAAUAAUAAUAAUUUAUGAUACAAUUGUUCAUUAAUAUUUGAAUAUUAAACCACAUUUUUCAUUUGGUGGAAAUAGAUAGGAACUCCCUUUGAAACUAAUUUUAUGGUUUAGAAACAAAUUUUAGGUAGCAGGAACUAGGUACCCAUGUUAAAUAAUAUUAAAUACCUACAUAAUAAUUAUUGUUAACACAAUAGGUAUUAAAUGAAAACAAAAAAAUAGUAAUAUAUAAUGUUAACCACACUUUUGAUUCAACUCUUUCCGGUAUGAUGGGUAGUACAGCUGACCACUUAAUUUUUCUGCUUAUUGCAUGGUGGCUAGUGUAGCUAAUCACCUAGAAAAUAUUUUUCUUUUUUUCUCAUUUCGUGGUCAUUGUUGCUGACCACCAAAGCCGAUUAGUUCAUAUACCACUAGAUGGCACGGGAUAUAACAAUAUUAAUUAAUAUUAAAAACAUUUUAGUUGUAUUUAAUUUUCUAAAACUAUAUUGGUCGAAUUUAAUUUGUGUUGGUUUUCCCAGAAUAUCCAUUAUAAUGUUUUCUGUGCAUUAUGAUUAUCUUUAUUUCCCUUUCUUAGUCGUCUAUCUUUCAGUCUAUUCGACCCAAUUCCUUUACGUCUUGUGUAAUGUCGUCAUUUUCGGUGGUCAAUUGCAGUAACCACCACGUAUUAGUGUCUGCAUUUAUAUAAUUAUACGUAUUGUAAUGUAUAAAUGGAUAGAUAGUAAGUGUCUUCAUCUUUUAUUUUCUUUAUAUAGUCCUAAAGAUACUAGUAAUGUAAAUAGAAAAUCUAAAGAUGGAACUCAAAAGCUUGUUUCUUGUGCAAAAGUGUUGAUAGAUUACAAUAAAAAUAUGAACUUCGAGGAUAAUAUUGAUCGUUUGAACAGUGAUUAUAAGCUUGACAGAAAAAGUAUGAAAUGAUAUUUACGAUUAAUUUUUCAUUUUGUUGAAUCUGCAAUAACUUACUUUUUUAUCACACAUAAAGAAAUUGAAAAUAUGCAAAAAUUUAGCAAUAAAGAUUUUCAUAGAAGUAUUUAUAAUGAUUUAUUGGCUAACAAAAUAAUAAGCAUUGAAAAUAAAUUUUCACCGGCAAUUCCAAAAGCUUGACCUUCAGUAGUAUCAUAAAAAAACCAAUUGUUAUGGAAAGUGUACGUUAUGAAUCUUCAGCACAUCAACCAAUCAGAACAUCAAGAAGGUGUGCGAAAUGUAGCACAAAAAAAAAAACCGUUUCGUUCAAUUUGGACUUGUUCUGUAUGUAAAGUAAAUCUAUGUAUGAGAAAAGAUUCGAAUUGCUUUUAAGAUUUUCAUAAAACAAAAUAGUAUACAAACAUUAAAAAAUAAAUAAUAUACAAUUAAUGUAUUUAAAAUUUUUAUUUUUAGAAGGUAUUUAUUUAAUUUUGUUAUUAUUCAAAAAAAGGACAAACAAUAUUUUUUAUUGUGACACAGUUUGAAUUAUAAUUUAGUAAUUAAAGUUAAUUUACUGAUUUUAUUUUAUUUGUGGUUGUUGAAAAACUAUAUGGUAACACUUUUACAUAUACUGGACAAUUUUGUUAUUAUAUGCAUGGUGGUUAGCAUAGCCAACCACCUUAAAAUUGCAAAUUUCAAGGUUAAAAAUUAACUAAAGAAUGUUUUAGUGAUAUAAUUAUUUGUUUGGUAAGUAUAUGUAUUAAAUGUUAAGGAAAUAAAAAAAAAAUUCCUGUGCAUCUAAGGUACCAUUUUCAUUUGCCGCCCAGUGUCUGAAAGAGUUAAACCAGAUUAGUGAACAGAACAUAGAUUGUCUGCCAGUGUAGAAAAGUUUGCAACAGCGUUUUGCUAAACGGAAAUCUGAAUUUCUCUGGUAUUAUCUAUUAUUUUAAUUUGCACUUUUUGAUUUCUUAAAACUUAAAAUUAAUGUCUAUAAUACAUAUUUACUAUAAAUUAUAAUAUAAACUUAUACUAUAGUGACAUUUAUUGGUGUUUUGCCCAGUUAUUUCCAUAAUAGUUUGUAACAUGUUUUUUAAGUUUUAUUUAAACUGUGCUGCAAUAUGUUUUAUUAUUAUUUAGACUUAUUGAAAUUGCAACGAUUUUAAUUUUAAAAUAUGUAAACGUAUUUUAAAUUUAUUAAUUUUAGGCUGAAAUAGCAUCAAAUGUCAUCAGUGAUUUAUGUCCAGGUAUUAGUACUAUUGAAAUUGAUAACUUAGCUGCAGAAAUAGCUAGGUUCCGAACAACUAUACAUCCAGAUUUUGGUGUUCUUGCUGCACGUAUUGCUAUUUCAAAUCUUUAUAAAGAUACUAAAGAUAAAUUUAGCGGUAAAUUAAUUAUUUAGUAGUAUUAUUUUGUAUUUUAAAUAAUACAAUUAUUAUAGAUGUAAUUCAAGAUUUGUACACCACGAUUGAUGAAUGUAAUCAAGAAUAUAUGCCAAUUAUUUCUGAUUUUCAUUAUAACGUUAUCAUGAAACAUGCUGAUCGAUUAAAUAAUGCUAUUAAACAUGAUAGAGAUUCUAGUCACAAUUAUUUUGGAUUUAAGGUAAAUGUGUUGAAAUUAAUUAAUUUUUGUUUAGUGUCAACAGUGUGGUUAUAGUAUGAUCUUGUUUUCAUUCAGUCAACAAAUUUCAUACAAAUUAAUAAAGAUAACACUAACGUUUCAAAAUAUUAUACAAUUAAUUUAAAAUUAUUAGAGUAUGCAAAGUGUGUUGUAUUUAUUUUUGAACAGUUUGAAACCUUAUUAAUUGUUCUUUCUGUUAUAUUCAAUUCGUUUUUAAUUUCAGACCCUUGAAUAUUCAUAUUUAUUUAAAAAAAAUAAAAAAAUUGUGGAACGUCCUCAGCAUUUACUAAUGAGAGUUUCAGUUGGAAUACACGGAGAAGAUAUUGACUCUGUUAUAGAAACAUAUGAUUUGAUGUCAUUAAAGUAUUUUACUCAUGCUUCACCAACAAUGUUUAAUGCUGCCACACCUAAACCUCAACUGUCUAGGUAAUGUAAUAAUCAUUACAUUGACUUACAAUUAUUAGCGCCCAUUCCAAACAGAAUCAAAUUACCAUUUUAUAUUUCUAUUGUAUAUAAUAUGUUAUGUUCAAUUAUCAAAAUGUUAUAUUUAGUUGCUUUUUGGUGGCGAACAAAUCUGACUCAUUAGAUGAUUUUAAUAAAUCAUUAAAAACUUGUGCAUUAAUUUCCAAAUAUGCUGGUGGUAUUGGUAUACAUAUGCACAAUAUGUGUGCAGCAGAUUCACCAUCAAUCAAAAAUAAAUAUCCGAAAAAUAAACCACCUGGAAUUGUUCCUCGAUUACAAUGUUUGAAUAUUUUAGCCCAAUUAGUCAAUCAAGGUGGAAAAGUUAGUAUUCAUUAAUUCAUGUUAAGUAAUUAAAUUCAGUAAAUUCAAUAUAUUUUUAUUUUAGAUUCCGAGCGUAGUGAAGAACUAUAGGUUUUACUAAGAUGUUAAUUUUUUUCUUUCUUCUAGUCUGUGGAUACAUUUUUUCCUAGUAAACUAACUACAAUUUUUACGUGUAGCUACUUUUCUGAAAGCUCAAGUUGUCUUUAUUGUACUAUAAACAAGACAUUUUUUGAUUUUCGACGCCAUUUUUUUAAAUAAAAGCACUUUAGUGUGAGAAACAUAAGAAAACAUACAAUUUCACGAUUUCAUUAUUUUAUAAAAACAUAGACGACGUUUUCUACCAGAAAAAAUGAUUUAAUCAUAAAAUCACUUGACACCUAUUUUGUUUACUUUUUUACAGUAUCAUCGCCAAAACUUUUGAGCUUUUAAGGAGUUUUUUUAUGUAAUUCAGUUAUAAAUACACGUAGAGACUUGAGAUUUGGUAAUAAUAUUUAUAUUUGACUUACCUAGACGUGUUAAAUUUUCAAAAUUAUAAGACAACUUUUAUUAAUAAAUGUUUUGAAAUCAAAUUCAAAUGAAAAAUGUAAAAAAAAAAAUACGACACUUCAAAUUAUGUAUCAUUGUACUGCACUCGGAAUCGUCUUUUUCGUCAAGCAAUAUUUUAUAGUUGCUUACAGAUAUAAAUAAAAUAACCUUAUGUAUCCUACCUUUUGAAAUCCCCACUUACAACAAUGGUCGCUCCUAUCCCCAAUAUCAGCUCUUUUUUUAAAUUUUAUGUUAAAAAACUGUAAAUAGUAAAAUAAGAAUUUUACUGGCCAAAUUGUGCAGUAUAAAUUAUGUAUAUUAAAAGAAAACAAAAAUUAUAAAAUUAAAUAGAGAGCUGGUGCUAUUGCUGUGUACAUUGAGCCAUGGCAUGCUGAUAUUUAUGAUUUUACGGAAUUGCGUAAAAAUACUGGUGAUAAAGAAAAAAAAACUAGAGACUUAUUCUUGGGGCUUUGGAUACCUGAUGAAUUCAUGAAACGUGUUGAAGCUGAUGAACUCUGGAGUUUGAUGUGUCCGUAUAAAUGUCCAGGUUUAUCUGAUGUUUGGGGAGCUGACUUUGUUACACUUUAUAAAAAGUAUGUGUUUUUAUUAAAUUAAAUAUUUUGAAUUAUUUAUAAUACUUUUAAAGUUUAAACUAAACAUAUGAGUACUUCGUCUGUAGACAAAAAAAUAAAAACAUUUUAUCAAAUAAAUAAAUUUAAUGUUGAUCAAAUUAGUUAUUAGUUGAACAGUAUUACAAAUAUUCAUAUUUUUUUUUUCAUUAGUUUUAAUUUUACUAUAAAAUGUGCAGAAUAGUAUUAUACACUUUAAUUAAUAUCAAAUAAUAUUAAGCCUGGUUUUUACAUUGUUUCUUAAAGUGUUGGUUAGCUCUAAUCAUAAGUUAACCAACAGAAUUUUAAUGUUUAGUGGCAAAUUUAUCCACCUAAUUGGAUUAACUAGAUAUUGUGAGAACAGGUCAAAGUAAUUUAAUAAUAGAAUAAAAUAUUCAUUAAAACACCUCCACGUAAACUUAUGUUUUUGGGCUGUAAUUUGCCUCUGACAAAUAAAACUGUCAAUUAACUGUAUUUAUUAACAAUGUACAACAUUCGUUACUCAUUACAUUUAACAUUGAAAUGACCAAUGAAAAAAAAAUUAUGCCCUCCAGAAAAAUUGUAUGGAUUCAACACUAAUGUAAUACUAUUAAUACUCGUAUGUAUGUUUAAUUUAUAGUUACGAAGAUCAAAAACUUUUCAACAGACAGGUAUCAGCGAGAGAGUUAUGGUUCCGUAUAAUAACAUCCCAGAUUGAAACUGGCAUGCCUUAUGUUCUUUACAAAGAUGCAUGCAAUGCUAAAAGUAAUCAGAAAAAUCUUGGUACAAUUAAAUGUAGUAAUCUUUGUACUGAAAUUAUUCAAUACACUUCACCAGAAGAGGUACUUGAUUAUCAUAUUUAUUAUUUAAUUACACCUAAUGGUAUUAAUUUUUUUUUGUCAUUGUAGGUAGCUGUAUGUAAUCUAGCUUCAAUUGCUGUAAAUAUGUUUAUAAAAUCUAAUGGGGAUUAUGAUUUUGAAAAGCUUUUAAAAAUUACUAAAAUUGUCACCAAGAAUUUGAAUAAAGUUAUUGAUGUGAACUUUUAUCCCGUCAUUGAGGUAAUUACAUUUUAUAAUACAUUAUGCAUUUUUAUGUUUAGAGAAUGUUUUGUUUUUAAUUUUUAGGCUGAAUAUUCAAACAAAAAACAUCGUCCAAUUGGAAUAGGCAUUCAGGGAUUGGCUGAUUUGUUCAUUUUGAUGCGAUAUCCAUUUGGAUCUAUUCAAUCACGAAAACUUAAUAUUCAAAUAUUUGAAACAUUAUAUUAUGGUGCAUUGGAAAGUAGUUGUGAGUUAGCUGAAAAGUACGGAACUUAUUCAUCUUAUGAAGGAUCUCCAAUUAGUCAAGGUGUAUGUGUUUUCGUGUUAUAGUAAAAUAGGUGUAUAAUAAUCAAUGAUUAUGAUUUUAGAUUUUACAAUUUGAUAUGUGGAAUGUUACACCCACUAAUCUAUGGAAUUGGGAUAAAUUGAAAGAAAAAAUUGUAAAACAUGGUGUAAGAAAUUCGUUAUUGAUAGCACCAAUGCCAACUGCAUCAACAGCACAAAUUCUAGGAAAUAACGAAUCUAUAGAACCAUACACAACAAAUGUAUAUUGUAGACGUGUUCUCUCAGGAGAAUUUACCGUUAGUAAAUUGUAUUAUUUGUAAUAAUGUUGUUCAAGUUUAGUAUCAUAAAUUGGGCUAAAUUGUUGUAAACAAUUUGUAAGACGACCUAUUUUGUGGGGAACUUUGAUCCCAAACAGUUCCUUAAUCAUAUAUUUAUUAUAUUCUAAAUUUCUUCUUCAUCGCCUUCAUUUUAACUAUUUUGUGGUUAGUCACCUUCGUUCUAAACUUCCACUUGAUCUUAUUACCCAUCUCGCAUACACUAGCUGUUUUCAUGUUAUUUUUAAUCACAUCUAACUAUCUUUUUUUCAGUUUUCUUUUCUGCUUCAUUUAUACUAAGUUUAUUUACAUUAAAAUUCUUAGUGUAUCAGAUUAGUCUCUCCCUGUGACAUGCCAAAACUAUCUCAGUUUAUGACCUCAUCAUGUUUAUAAAAUGACCUAUUAUGUAUUCAUUCUUUAUCUUAUCUUCUUUUGUUACUCUACUUAUCCACCUAAGUAUUAUCAUCUCUGCCAUACUCAUUUUCUGUUUUACAUUUUGUCUACCUUCUAACACUCAAAACCAAAAAACUUAAUCAAUUUCACCACACUUUCGUAGAAGUUAACUUUUAAGUUUCAUUAGAGUUCUCUUGUCACAUAAAACACUUGACAUUUCUGUCCACGUUAUCCAAUCACACUUAAUCCUAUGUUGAAUCCUCAUGAAAAUGAGGAUUGUACCAAAGAUCCUAUGUACUUGAAACUUUCAACAUAGCCACUUGUAAUUGUUAUCUGUUUUAUUCUGUUUCUUCAAACUCACUACUCUGUUUUAUUUUUAUUUAUCCUUAGACUCUAAGUGCUACUCUUUAUUCCUGAAGCCUAUUGCUAACUUAUUCCAGAUUUUGUCCUAUCAUAGUUAUAUUAUCUGCAAACUUCAUAUACCAUGGUACCUUUUUUCACCUGUUAUCCCUGUGUACAUCUGAGAUGGGACAAUAUGCCAAAGUCUUGUUUAGAAUGCUGUCUACUGUUUGGUAGAAUUUUACACUAGCUGCCAACCUUGCAUAUCCCCAUUUGUCACCUCUUCUAACAGGUACAACAGAGGUACUGUGAAAUUAUUCUGAUCACCUUCAACAGGCACAAAGGUAUUAUCAACUAUGAAAUCAAUUCCUUCACCCUACAAUAUCUUAUGUCUACUAAAAUCGACCACCUGGGUUUUCCUCAAUAGGAGCACGGAACCCUAGGUUUAGUAAAACAGUAGCAUCAUAUGACCCUCCGAAGGUAUUUUAUUACAUGUAUUUGCUUAAUAAUAUUAUAUUCUAAAUUUAACAUUAUGAAUACACUUAAUCACAACAAUAUAAGUUUAACCUCUAUAACUUAUAUAAUAUUUAUGUAUCUAUUUAAUAUUUAUACAUAUUAAUAAAUAUACACUAUAAAUAAUUAAAUAUGGUCAUUGCAUACUAUUAAUAAGUUAUAUAUUACAGAUACAUUUAAUAAGUGUAUAUGUUUAAACAAUAUAUGAAUACAAAUAAUAAUAUACCAAUUUUUUGUACCUAUUCUGUUUUGUACUCUUUCCAUUGGUUUUAUUAUGUGUACCUUUUUGAGAACAAUUGUCUGUCUAUUAAUAACUCAAAAAUAUUGAUCUAUUCAAAAAUGACAAGAGCUUUUUAUAAUAUUUUGGAUCUCAUUGGUGCAUUGAGAGUCAUUAAUUUUCCAAGUAGCUUUUACAAUAAUUGGGAAAAAACACAUAAGAUCCCAGUUUAUGCCACUGUUAAAGUUAAAAUGUAUUUAAAUGUUCCAGGUUGUAAAUCAUCAUUUAAUAAAUGAUCUCAUUAAGCUUAAUCUAUGGAAUGAAAAUAUGAAAAAUACAUUGCUUUACUAUAAAGGAUCAAUACAGGUACACAUAUUAUUAAAACAAUUUAACAAUGCAAAUUAGUUAAAUAUCCAUAAUUUAUUAUUUCAAUAGAAAAUAGAAAGUAUUCCAGAUAAUAUUAAAGAAUUGUAUAAAACAAAUUGGGAACUAUCUCAAAAAAUUAUAUUAGAUAUGGCUGCUGAUCGAGCACCAUAUAUUGAUCAAUCUCAAUCAUUAAACAUUCAUAUUGAGCAACCUUCUAUUGGUAAAAUAUCAUCUGUACAUUUUUAUGGAUGGAAAAAAGUAAUUUAUCUCUGUCAUAUUAUGUAUUGAACAAUAUAUUGAAAUAAAUAGUAAAUUUACUUGUUUGUUUUUUUUUUUUUAUAUAAGGGCCUAAAAACAGGAAUGUAUUAUUUACGAACAAGACCAGCUGCUGAUCCUAUACAAUUUACAGUAAACAAAAAUAUUCUGUCUAAUAAUGUCACUAGAAAAACGGAGAAGAAUAAUUUUAUUGAAAUGCAAGAGCUAGUUUGUUCGUUGGAAAACCCCGGCACUUGCAAUAAUUGUGGUGCUUAGAUUGUAGUAAAAAUAUAAAAGUUGUUGGCGUAUACAUUGUUAUAAAUUACUAUGUUAAUGGUAAAAUUCUUAUUAAAUAUAGGUAUAUAUUUCUUAUUAGUUUAAAAUGUAUUAGUGAUUUACACUAAUUUAAUGGUAUAUGACAGGGAUAAAUAAUUUGAGGCCUGCGGUCUGCAUCCAGCCUGUGCUACAAUUUCAAAUUACUUUCAAAUAACUUUAGCGUUUAUUGUAUUUAAUUUUAUUAAGUUGAUUGUAAAUAAAUCUACAAAUCAAUAUUUUUUAAAUCCGAUGGCAAUUGUAAUUGAAAAGCAAGAUGCUUCACUUCAAUUAGAUUUAUGUGAGUUACAAACAGAUAUGUUUUUAUCUACCAAAGAGAUAGAUAUGUCAUUUUUGGAAAAAUGACCAGAUGAAAAGCCACAAAUUACGUGUUUCCACUUAAGAAAUAGAAGUUGGUUUUGCUGAAUUAUCAUGGUAACUCAUUAAAUAAGUUGUAAAAGUUAUACAAAAUAAAUGUUAAUUGUAAAUUUGAAUGACUAUUUUUGCUUUCUAUGCUCUGGCACGUUAGAUUUUUGAGUUCUAAAAAUUGGCUCUUUGGUAAAUUUAAGUUGCCCAUUCAUGGUCUAUGAUAUACAUAAUUGAGAUGCAGUCUUGUAAAGAAUACUUAUAAAAUGUAUUUAAAAUGUGUUAUUUGUAUUAAAUAAAUGUGUUGAGUACUUCGUUUUAAAAGUAUUUGAAUAUUUAUAUUUUAUUCACAAAUAGAUAGGUAAUGUAGAUACGUACUCAUUAG